ACAAUGGCUCAUUGGUUCCACAGUGUCACAACGGGCUCUGCAUUUUGCCAGGCCCCAAAGUGUCACAGUGGUCUCCAUGGUCCCACGAGGCCACACAGUGUCACCGUGGUCUCCACAGGAAGGACACUACAGAGCUCAGAUGUUUCAGGGGCUGAUGAGCUGCAGCCCCCAGAGGCCAAAGCCAGACAGACCUGUCUGUCCUGCAGGUUGGUCUGGGAACAACCCAUGGAUAUUCAAAAUUUUGAAUGUGAAAUCCCAGUUUCAGCCCUUUGUUCCUGGAGGACAAGACCAGUUCUUUUCCAUAGAAGUGAAAGCACAGAGCCCCUGUGUUUGGAAGGCAGGAAGGAAACCACGGAGCCCCAGUGUUUCAGGGCAGAAUAGAGGCAACCACCAGAGGCCAAGACCAGUCAGACCUGUCUGUCCUGGCAGCUUUUGACUGGAAGAAACCCUUGCAUAUAGGGACCUUUGGAAGAAAAGUACCAAUUUUGGCCAUGGGUGCCUGCGCAGGAGGGACGGUUAUUUUCCAUAGAAGGAAGGCCCAGAGCCCCAGUGUUUGAAGGCAGAUGGGAGCCAGCUGUCAGGAAGACAAGGUCAGCCAGACUCAUUGGUUAUGGCAGCUUUGGUCUGGCUGCAAUCCCUGAAUAUUGGGAAUUUUGGAUAGGGAAUCCCAUUUUAGCUAUGGAUGCUUGAAUGAGAAGGGCAGUUCUUUUCCAUUUGAAGGAAAGCCCAGAGCCUCAGGGUUACAGGGCUACAUGAGAAGAGACCUUCGACAUGCCAAGGGCAGUUGGACCAGUCAGGCCAAGCCAAGCAGACCUGUUCCCUGUUACCUUGGAUUCAUGGGGCCCCACAGUGUCACAAUGGUGCUGACCUAUUGGAUCCUUGGUUCCAUGAGGCCCAGAUGUGUCACACUGGCCUCUUGUUUCCAUGGGGCUCCAGAGUGUUACAAUGGUCCCUUGCUUCCAUGAGGCCUUGCGGUGUCACAGGGGUCUCCUUGGUGCUGCAGUAUCACAAUGGACCCUUGGUUCCAGGAGGACGAGGAGGAGAAGAAUGAGGAGGAGGAGGAGGAGAAGGACAAGGAGGAGGAGUGGGACAAGGAUGAGGAAUACAAGGAGGAGGAUGAGGAAAAAGAGGAGGACAAGUAGGAGGACGAGGAGAAGGAAGGUGGACGAGGAAGAUGAGGAGGGGGAUGAGGACAAGGACCAGGAGGAGGACAAGGAGGAAGAUGAGGAAGGGGAGGAUGAGCAGGAGGACAAGGAGGAUGAGGAGGAGGAGACUGAUGAAGAGGAGGAGGAGCAAUACAAGGAGGAGGAAGAGGAGGAUGAGGACGAAGAUGAAGCUGAGGAGGAAGACGAGGAAGAGGACAAGGUGGAGGAUGAGGAUGAUGAUGAUGAGGAGGGGGAGGGGCACAAUAAUGAGUAGAAAGAUGAUGACUAGGAUGAGGAGGAGGAAAAGGAGGAUGAGAAGGGGAAUGAGGAAAAGGCGGAUGAGCAGAAUGACGAAGCUGAGGAGGAGGAUGAGGAGGAGGAGCAGGACAAGAAAGAGCAGGAUGAGGAGGAUGAGGAGGAUGAGGAGGAUGAGGAGGAUGAGGAGGAGAAGAAGUAAAAGGAGGACGAGAGGAGGAAGCGGACAAGAAGUAAAAGGAGGACGAGAAGGAGAAUGAGGAUGAAGAGUGGGAGGAGGGGGAGGAGGUGGAAAACAAGGAUGAGGAGGAGGUGGACGAGGAGGAAGAAAAUGAGGAGGAGGAAGAGGAAAGAUGAUGGGCAGGAGAAGAACAAGGACGAGGAUGAAAUGGAGCAUAAGGAUGAGAAGGAGGAUGAGAAGGAGCACGAGGACGAGGAGGAGGAGGACGAGGACAAAGAGGAGGACAACGAAAAGGAUGAGGUGGAGUAUGAGGAGGAGGAGGAGAAGGAAGAGGAGGACGAGGACGAAAAGGAGGAAGAGGAGGAGGACGAGGACAAGGAGGAAGUUGAGGACAAGGAGGAGGAGCAGGAGGAGGACAGUGAUGAGGAGGAAGAUAAGGACAAAGACGAGGAGGAGGAAGAGGAGGGCAAGGAGGAGGAUGAGGAGGAAGAAGACGAGCAGAAGGAAGAGGAUAAGGAGGAUGAGGAUGAGGACGAGAAGGAGGACAAGAAGGAGGAGGACUUGGAGGGCAAGGAUGAGGAUGAGGAGGAAGAUGGGGAAGACAAAGAGGGGGAGGAGGACGAGGAUGAGGAGGAGCAUGAGGACGAGAAGAAUGACAAAGAGGAGGAGGAUAAAGAGGAGGAGGAGGAGGAGGAUGACGAGGAGGAGGAGGAUGAGUAGGAGGAGGACUAAGAGGAGAAGGAUGAGGAGGUGGGGGAGGUCAAGGAUGAGAUGUAGGAUGAGGACAAGGAUGAGGAGGUGGACGAGGACGACAAGGAUGGACAGGAGGAUGAGGACGACAAAGAGAAGGAGAAGGAGCAGGAGGAGGACUAUGAGGACAAGGAGGACACGGACGAAGAGAAGGAUGAGAUGGAGGAUGCGGUGGAGGAUGAGGAAGAAGACAAAGAUGAGGACGAGGAGGAUGAGGAUGAUGAAGAGGAGGACAAGCAGGAGGCGGAGGAGGAGGACGAGAAGGAGGAAGAAAAAGAGGAGAAAAACGACGAGGAGGAGGAUGA